AUGUCCGCCCCAUCAGGCGUCUCUGCUCUCCCUCUUCGCACCCUGACCCUCGAGUUUAACGGCUACAACAACCAGCGUCGACUCGAGCCACCCCCUUCAUUCGCUCCUAUCGAAGCCAUCUUCCUCCAGCGCUUCUUCCGACUGAUCGACCCUACAACUCUCACAUCCCUCACAAUUUCGUUCCAUGCUCGCAACUUUGGCGGCGUGAGCAAGUGGAUCAGUGGAUGCGUCAACCUUCGCAGCCUGAUCGCUUGGAUGCAGGACGGCGACUUGACACCUUACACGUCGCGCUUGACAUCCAUGAUCCGCCCACUCAGGCAGCUACGACAGCUCAAGCUUCGCGGAGUCGGCAACAGUAGCGAGGAGCGCGGCCCAAGUUUGUCCGAAAGGGAGGAAAACUUCCAUGCCUUGACUUUGUCCGCCUUUCUCGACUCGCUGCCCACGACGCUUGUGAUGCUCAGAGCAGGGAUCUGGGCACCGGCAGGCGACUGCUGCGGGAUCCGACUCAUGACUGGAGUCGCAUCCCAGUCACAGCAACCAAGCAGCAGCUUGUGUACCAAGGUCAUGGGCGCCGCGGCUCUUGGGCAGCUGUCCAAGAGUCCGAAGGGGUACUCGCUCGCCCUGCUGCACUUCCCGAGGCAACUCAAGGAUCUGCGGAGGACCCCUGGCCGUUUGCUACGCCCAGGCAGAGGCGUCGCGAGCUUUCGCUACAGCGAAGGCUACUGCGAGACUUGCUAUUGGUUGGAUAGGGGGAGUUGGGAGCUCGAUGGCCCGCAGAAGGGACAGAAGCAGGGACAGUCCUGGUGGCGGGACUGCGAGAAGGAGACGCUGGAGUAG